UGCGAUGAAGAUAACGAAAACGAUGUGUAUGGUCUACUGACUGUAAUCAGGCUGACGUCUCCCAAGCACGAAAUGACAAAGUAUGCCAAGGGCGUCAUGGACUAUGUGGAAAAGAGAGCGCAGAAGUAUGCGUUGUCUGACUUCCGCAGCGCCUAUGAUAGUUUACAAACAAAGCGCACAGGUCUCUUUGUCAACGAAAGAAUGUUAAAUUUUCCAACGCAAAUCAUUUCUCCCUCGUUCAAAAGCCUCAGGUCUGACUAUGAUAAGCUAAAAAAGCCGUUCCAAAAUUUGAUCUACGUACACAAACUGAGGGUUGCUGAUUCCAAACCAGCUGUAACAGCUGAAAGUAAUGGUGGUAUACCAGCGAAGAAAAGGAGAAAAAUGGGAAAAGCCGAAAAGAAAAGGUUGACUCAGAAAGCUUUGUCAACAGCUGAAAUCAUAUAUGACAAUGUGGAGGAUGAGAUUUUGAUGCAACUGAACGAAGGUGAAGCUUGUCAUUUUGAUAUUCCUGUUCAUACCGAAAUCGAUGGUAGCAGCAAGUUCCACACCCUAGUCAAGGAUGGGAAGUCGUUUAAACCAUUUCGCAGGAUUGUAAUCAUGGACAACCAACGGUUCAAAGCCUUUUUGGAUCAUGUAAGUACGUCAUUCUGA